AUGCAGAGCAAUUCAGUUCAUAUAGACAAUUUAGGCGAUACAAGUGAUUAAUAUUUAGAAUCUGAAUGAACACUAAGACUAAGGUCACUACAAUACCUCCAAGAAAGCUUGACAAAUGGCGAAUCUUCAUAUGCAGAUUUCAUUGAAGAAUAUAAAUCAUUUAUCCCGCAUCUGAUAAUUCAGCUGAAAGACAUAAGAUCAGCUAUUGUAAAAGAGUCAAUAAAAGUCCUUGAAAUAGCUUCUUACAGAUUUAAAAGCACUUUUGAGCCAGCAGCUUUUCAGUUUGUGGAUGUUCUGUUUCAAAUGAUAAAUUCCUCCACAAACCUUAUUUCUAAGUCAGGCUACGAAGGCUUAAAGCACAUUAUUGAAAACGUUUAUUCAUGGAAAAUAGUCCUAAAGAUUGCUGAAAAUUGCAAAAACAAAAGUCAAGCAAUCAGACAAGUCGGAGCCGAAUGCUUGGAAUUUAUUUUGCGAGAAUAUCCCAAAUAUUUAUUAGACCAAGGAGAACAAAGCACCCACAAUUUAAUUGAAACAGUUGUGUCAGCUGUCAAAGGGAUCUUACAAGAUUCAGCUCCAAGAAUAAGGGAUACUGGGAAAAAUGCGUAUUGUGCUUUGCUUGAAAAAUAUCCUGAAAAGGCUAGUCAACUGCUAAAUUCUUUACCAACCCCUUUGAGAAAAGCAAUUGAAGAAGUCCAAGCCCGGAAAAAUCCAAAUUUUCUUGUAGACAAGUCUAUGGAUUUUCCAGUUGACCCAAAAAUACUAGCUGAAGACAUUUCUGAGUAUGAAAACAUGGAUAUCUACACUGCGGUGAGAAUGGCUAUAACUGGUGGAAUUAUCAAGCAAAAUAACGAAGUUAACAUUGACCUUCUAAUAAAGAAAACUCAUCAAAAUAAUUGAUCGGCAAGAGAAUCUGCAUUUCAAAACCUAGCUGAAGUGCUGACCAAGACUAAAAAAGAAGAAGAUGUAGAUAAGGCUAUUCCGACAGUUCUUUCCCAUCUGCAAGAUAAACAUAUUAAGGUGGUCUAUGGAAGCUUAGACUGCUUAUCAGUAAUUAUCCAGCAUACAAGAAAUAAACUUACUGCAAACCUUCCACAAAUAAUGAAAGAUGUGCUGGAAUGGUCAGUUCAUAAGAAGGAAUCAGUCAGUUCUAAAGCAAAUUCAAUUUUGGCACAGCUUCUUGAAACUUUUACAGCUGAUGAGCUUCUUAAUCAUUUGUUAGGAGUUUCUUUAAGUCGGCCUAAUGUGAAAUUAGCUAUGAUUGAAACAGCGCGUGCUUUUUGAUCGGGACAUUUUGAUAUUGUAGAUUUCCUCAUCUUUUUUCCUUUGGAUGAUAUUCGGUUGAACUUUAACAGUUUUUUCCUCAAUACCAAAAAAUUGGACCAAAUUUCUCUAAAAUGUCACAAUAUCAAAACAUCCCGAUAAAAUAGCAUUGCCGAUUGAAAUCAUGAGCUAUUUAAUCGAAACUUCAGAAACUUUUUGUUUUAACCAAUACAGCAUGUCAAAUUUUGUCAAAAAGUUAUCCCAGCUCACCCAAGAUUCCUCAACACCAUUAAUCCAAGCAAUUAUCAAAACUUUAGAAGCAGCCUGUGAUAAAAAUGUUUUCUGGACUCUGCAAGGAAUUUUGGAGCUUCCAUUUGAUGAGCAGCAAGUAGUAAUCGUUAUUUAGUUCAAAAAACUCUGCCAAGAACACUCACCAAUGCUCGAAGAAAUGCUCAGAGGGUACUCCAAAAACCGAUAUGUGCCCACUAUCGAUGUAAUUGAAGAGGUCGAAGAAGAGGAGAUGUCAGGAAGUGUAAGAGAAAUUGAUUUUAACGAAGUUUUGCAAGAAUGCAGAGCGAAAGGGCCAAGAGAGUAUAUAGGGUAUUUACAAUAUUUGAUAGGGUAAACAAUAUGCAGAAAAGGAGAGCUUCCUUAUGACUCAGUGAAAGAAGUUGUAGAGGUGCUUAUUAAUAGUCUUGAUGAACAGUAUGAAGAGGAAUUCAAAAAAACUUUGAGAGGUCUUGGGCUAAUUGCAAAAACUUAUAAUAUUGAUAGAGUCGGAGGGAAAAUCAUAAUUGGGUUAAGGGAAGUUUUUACCUGGCAGAAACAUAGUCUAAUUGAAGAUGCCAAUGGCGUGCUAAAGAUUAUAAUUGAAAAAAUGAGCACUUGUAAUGCUGUUAAAGCAUUACUGGAAUCAAUUGAUGGAGCUGAAAGUGUUGUGCUUGAGAAAUAUUUGGACUUCUUAAAAGACAUUGUUAAAGAAAGAACAGAUAUCAAGUUCUUUGGAAAAGAAAUAGCUGUGAAGCUUAGAGAUUUGUUUGGAAAUACUAGCCCAGAAGUCAGGAAAAAUGCAGUUUUGACGUUGGCUGAACUUAGAGAAAUGAUGGGAAAAGAUUUUGAUAAUUUAUAUGAACUAUUUUCACUCAGCCAAAAAAAGCUUAUAGAAAUUUAUCACCAAAAAAUCAGUUCAGAAGAACCUUAA